AACAGAAGGACAAACAGAAGGAUGACGCGAUAGACGACGACAACGACGACGAGAAGCGCAAAAAGAAGCGCAAGGCUCACAUGGACGCGAAUGCAGUGGCAAAGCCAAAAAAUCUUCCCUGGAAAGAUGUUUUGGCCUGCAUCGAGUUCAAGAGAAAGACGUCAGGGAGGACGAAAGGGAUUAACCCACCGCCCCCUUCGUAUACAGUGACAGACUAUAUUCCUACCAAGCCAGAAUAUUUGCCGGUGGACCAUCUUAAGGCUGGAGUCCCUGCACCAGGCCCUUCGCAGACGCCAGCGACACAACCUGCGUCCGACACUGCAUUUGCAGUUCCAUCUUCUGGCCCCACAGCUGCCAAAGCUUCCCAGGGCGGGUCCAGCUCUAAGCGCAAGGCCACGGACGCUUUGGAAUCCGCCGCAAAAAAAUCCAAGAAGAACCCCGAUGACACAGACGACACGGACGACGAUCUAGAUGUGACCGUGCAGACGGGUCUGUACGCUGCCGAAAUGUUUGCGUCCAAUCUUGGAGUUAAUUGUUUGCUGAAUAUUAUCGUCAUCGAUGAUGUAAUGUGGAUCUGGUAUUAUGAUCGGCAAGGGAUCAUUCAAUGCUCAGGCAUCAACUUUAUUCAAGAUCUCCCGCGAUUCAUGGUGCUGUUGUAUGCCCUACAACGAUUCGAUGUUCAUGAUUGGGGCCGAAACAGGGACUUCCUCCCAGUGCACGUUGAGGGGAAACAAUGUCACGAAUUCAAAAUCAAGGAUAAAGAGCUUGGAGAAGUGGAUCUCCUGCUUCACACCAGCCACGACGAAAGAGUAACACACUAUGGACUACAAGGACGGGCUACUAACGUGGUCCCUGUCACUAGCGAAGCGCUCACGAAGAAAUACGGCAACUUCCAGGAUGGGAUGGUGGCUAAAAUAUUUUGGGGAGAAGCGGAUCGCACUAGCGAACCGGAGAUCCUGAAAAGGGUUGAGGAGAUCGCUGAGGCGCACUAUACCGUAAAAGACCAUAUUCCCGAGCUGCUUUGGCACCACAAGUUCACGAAUCCCACAUCAGCAAUCCGAGACGUGCUCGGCGUUCCAGAACCCACCAAGGGCAGUCGCAUACUCUACAUCCUCGUAUUUCCCAAGCUCCAACCCAUCACGAAGGUUCCCGACAAAGAGCUUUUCAACGUAUGGUAUCAAUGUAUCCUAUGCCACCUUUCUUUGUGGAAGGAAGGGGUCUAUCAUCGAGAUAUUAGCCCUGGAAACUUGAUGUGGUACUGGAAAAAUGGGAAGCGCAUGGGCGUUUUAAACGACUACGAUCUAUCCUCGUUGGCGGAUGACCCAGGUCCUCGGGGCAACGAACGCACGGGCACAGGUGCCGUUCAUGGCGCUCGAUCUUCUCACCGAAGAGGGUCAACGAGGCGAAGUCAAACACCUAUAUCGCCAUGAUCUGGAGUCGUUUAUGUGGUGCUUCGCCUGGGUCUCCUUGCGUUACAAGGACGGAGUCCUCCUACCACGGGGAUUGCGCCCCUUCGAUGAGUGGGCGACUUUAGACGCUGUGGCAUGCGGCGAAAAGAAGUACUUUUUCCAGGGUCAUAUGA